GCGCCGCCGCCGACCGAUCGCAGUCGCAACGCUACAACAAUCCGCUGCAGUCCACCGACGUCGGCCGACCAUAUCGUUUUUAUAGUAGACAAAUCGUAUACCGCACGUACGGCCAUCCCAUCAUCAUGAACCGUCUGUCUAUCGCAUUGACCGUUUUGUUGGUCGCUUAUGCUCUUGGAUACCCGCACAACAACAACAAAGAACACCAUAAUGGUGGCCAUGAUCAUCACGGAGGCAGUGAACAUCAUCACGGUGGCCAUGAUCAUCACGGAGGUAGUGAACAUCAUCACGGAGGCAAUGAACAGCAUCACGGAGGCAGUGAACAUCAUCAGUCUAGCAGCAGUAGCGGGCAUAACUACGAAUCUGAUUACCAACAAAGUAGCCAUGGAGGAAACAACGCCGGGGGAUUCGGUAGCGGAGGAUCGCACGGAAGCUACGGACAAGGCGGACUUGGUCACGGAAGUUAUGGCUCCGGUGGAUCACAGCAACAGCAGCAACAUCACUCCACCGACCAAGAGGGCGGCAGCAGUAAUCUGAACAUCGCUUCUGGCUUCAAUAAGAAGCACGUGGAAGUGAUCGACUCCGGAAGUCAUUCGGCCGGCAGUGGUUCGUCCAGCGGAUUCCAACAAGGCGGAAACUACGGAUCCGGCUCGAGCGGUUUCGGCAGUGGUCAACACGGCAUUGGUGGUGGCCAGCAUCAUGGUGGCAGCAACUUCGAAAGCGGCAGUGGCGGUUCACAAUUCGGAUCCCAGUCCAGCGGACAGAAGGGCUAUAUCAUAGAAGAAACUUCUGGUUUCACUUCGGUGAACAAAAAUCAAGAAGGUUUCCAGAACAACCAACAUGGUGGUUCGUCCAGCGGUUCUUCCAGUGGCCACGGAAGUCACCAUUAUUGAGACUUCGAUCGCAUCGUCCGACUGUAUAACACGAGUCGUAGAUGAUGAAAAUUCCAUUGGCAUCCGUCCUUCGCGUAUCAUAUAUUAUUACUGAUCUUAAUUUAUUUUUCAUGAGGAAAACUCCAUGUUUGUAACUGGUUUUCCACUCUUGGUCAUUUAAAUGAUCGUUUUAAAUAUAAAUAAAAUAUUAAACCUGUACACCAAA